CGUUGUCUCAGUUCUUUUUUUUUUCUUGUAUUUUUUUGCACUUUGUACUUGCUCAGUUUCUAAGACAAUGUCGAUUUUCACGCCGACAAACCAAAUCCGCCUGACGAACGUUGCGAUUGUUCGCCUGCGCAAGGGCGGCACGCGCUACGAGCUCGCGUGCUACAAGAACAAGGUCAUGAGCUGGCGUUCUGGCGUGGAGAAGGACAUUGACGAGGUCUUGCAAACACACACCAUCUUCCUCAACGUCUCCAAGGGCCAGGCUGCCAAGCGCGAGGAGAUUGAGGCCGCGUUCGGAACCGCCGACCAGGAGAAGGUCAUCCACGAGAUUCUGACCAAAGGUGAACUCCAAGUCUCGGAAAAGGAGCGGCAGGUGCAGCUGGACGCCAUGUAUCGAGAAAUUGCCACAAUUGUGACCGAGAUGUGUGUCAAUUCGGAGACGCAGCGCCCGUUUACGGUGACGCUGAUCGAGCGCGCCAUGAAAGAUGCGCACUUUUCUGUCAAUGUGACAAAGUCAACCAAGCAACAGGCACUUGAGGUCAUCAAGCAACUACAGGAAACAAUCUCGAUCAAGCGCGCCCAAAUGCGAGUGCGGAUUGUGCUCCCUGUCAAGGAUGCGAAGAAAAUCAAAGAUCGCGUUGUCAGCCUUGUGUCCACGGUUGAAAGCGAAGAAUGGACGGGCGAUUUGGAGCUGACCUGCUUGAUCGAUCCUGGCGCGUUCCGGCCCUUGGAUGAUGUGAUUCGAAGCGAAACCAAAGGCCAAGGCGUCCUGGAAGUGCUCUCGCUGAAACACAUUGAGGAAGGUGACGAACUUAUUCAAUAAAACAGCUCAUGCUUUCAAACA